AUGCAAAGAUAUAAAAUAUUCACAUAUGGACUAAUAAUAAUAUUAAUGCGAAUCGAAUGUGUAAAUUGUGGUUAUAAACCAGAUAACACACAUGGCACCACCAGUAAUGAUAGUGAUGAAGAUGAUGAUAAUUUUGAAGUUACUGAGACUGACGUAAAAACUGAAGGCUCUGAUAAACAAAAUAUUGAUACCGAAGCAUAUGAAAGAGUAGUAAGAGAGUUGGAAGAUUUAGUAAUUGGAGAUAGUGAUCACACAGGUGUUGAACAGCAUGAACCUACUCCACCAAAACCAAGUCAUAGUUACAGAAGUAACAGACCUACUAGACGUCCUCGUAAAGAAUUUCCUCAAGAUAAACCUUAUGAACAAGGUAAAGAAUUUCCUAAAGAUAAACCUUAUGAACAAGGUAAACAUGUAAAACCUGAAGCUAUUUAUGAUAAAGCAGUCAUGACUGUUAGUAAACCUAAACGUAUUAGAAAAUGUGAGUCGAUUAAGUUUUUUAAGAUAGAUCAAACUGGAAAUAUGGUUGAAAUGGGUUUUUAUGAUUAUACAGUAUACUUUAAGGAUAAAUCUGCCCUUAAAUAUUCAUUCGAUGCAAAUCUGGAAAUGAUUAAAUGUGAUGGUGAUACUGUUUAUAAACAUAAAAGUGGACUAGAUUAUGCAUUAACAUUAACAUAUAAUAAAUGUGCAGGCAGAUUUGUGAUUCGUUUAAAAAAUCAUUUUCUGUUUAUUAGGUAUGCAGGUCGUACGUGGGUAGAACAUGAUCGAAUAAUCCCAGACUAUAUUAAAAUAUUCACACAAGAUUCUGAAGGUAAUUAUGUUGAACUCACCCCUCAACAGUGUAAAAUUGAUAUAACUGCGACUGGAUCGUUCAAAUAUUAUGUUAAAGGCUUAAAUUGCACCAGAAUUGAAAUUUAUGGAGAAGUAAUCUAUCAAAAAAAAGAUCAUGAGGAUUAUCCAGAAUCAGUAAGCUAUAGUCUUAAAAAAUGUUUUAUGAUUUAUUUCAAUGGAUUUGUUCGUUCAAUUGAAAGAAGACAUGGGAAAUUUCGGGAAGUCUAUACCAGAUCAAGCCCAAAAUGGAAUGUUCAUUAA